CUUUCUACCUUCGUCCUGCUUCCUCGGCCUCUUUUUCCUCUUCAACCUUUAGGAUCGUUUUCAUCUUCUUAUCUAUUACCACUCAAUUUUCAGAGAUAAAACAAUGGCUUCUUGUGGUGUUUUGAGGACUUGUUUCUGCCCAACUCUCUCUUCUCAAGACAGGCCGCCUUCUCUCAGUCUGCUCACUGCAACUACUGCUACUUCUCGUCCAAACAGCAAGCCAAAGUCCAAUAGUGUCAUGAUCACUGCUGCCCAGGACAAUAAUUCAAGUGAGGACAAGAACACAAUGGUCGGGAGUGAACAGCAAGCAAGGAGGAAUCCAAGGUUCACAAGAUCCCUCAAUUUCUCUGGGGAAAAACCUUCAACUCCAGUCCUAGAUACCAUAAACUAUCCAAUUCAUACGAAGAAUCUCUCCAUUAGGGAGCUUGAGACGUUGGCUGCUGAACUGAGGGAGGAGAUUGUUUAUACAGUGUCAAAAACUGGUGGGCAUUUAAGCUCAAGCUUAGGAGUGGCUGAGCUAACCAUUGCACUUCACCAUGUGUUCAACACGCCCGAUGAUAGAAUAAUUUGGGAUGUGGGGCAUCAGGCAUAUGCGCAUAAGAUUUUGACCGGAAGGAGAUCAAGAAUGCACACAAUCCGGCAGACUUGUGGGCUUGCUGGCUUCCCCAAGAGGGAUGAAAGUAUAUACGAUGCCUUUGGAGCUGGCCAUAGUUCUACUAGCAUUUCAGCUGGCUUAGGGAUGGCAGUUGGUAGAGACUUGUUAGGGAAGAACAAUCAUGUGAUUUCAGUGAUCGGGGAUGGAGCCAUGACAGCAGGACAGGCAUAUGAGGCAAUGAACAAUGCAGGUUAUCUUGAUUCAAACCUUAUCAUAAUCUUGAACGACAAUGGGCAAGUUUCUCUACCCACCGCCACUGUUGAUGGCCCUGCUCCUCCUGUUGGAGCUCUAAGCAAAGCCCUAACGAAUCUACAAUCAAGUAGAAAGUUUCGUCAGCUCCGCGAAGCUGCAAAAGGUUUUACUAAGCAAGUGGGAGGCCAGGCACAUGAAAUCGCCGCCAAAGUGGAUGAAUAUAUGAGAGGAAUGGUGGGUGGUUCUAAUGCUUGCCUCUUUGAAGAACUUGGACUCUACUAUAUUGGCCCAGUGGAUGGCCAUAAUGUGGAAGACCUUGUUCAUAUCUUGAAGAAGGUUCGGGCUAUGCCAGCACCAGGACCUGUUCUUAUCCAUGUUAUCACUGAGAAAGGAAAAGGGUAUGCUCCCGCUGAAGUUGCCGCCGAUAAAAUGCAUGGUGUUGUAAAAUUUGAUGCCAUGUCCGGGAAGCAGUUGAAGACCAAAUCGAAAACUCGUUCCUACACCCAAUACUUUGCAGAGUCUUUAAUUGCAGAAGCAGAGAGAGAUGAAAACAUUGUAGCAAUCCAUGCUGCUAUGGGGGGAGGCACUGGACUUAAUUUAUUCCAGAAACACUUCCCUGAUAGAUGCUUUGAUGUUGGGAUUGCAGAGCAACAUGCUGUUACCUUUGCUGCUGGUCUAGCUACUGAAGGCCUCAAGCCCUUUUGUGCUAUUUACUCUUCUUUUCUGCAGAGAGGUUUUGAUCAGGUGGCGCAUGAUGUAGAUCUUCAAAAGCUUCCAGUGAGAUUUGCAAUGGACAGGGCCGGCCUUGUAGGUGCGGAUGGUCCAACCCAUUGCGGGGCCUUUGACACUACUUUCAUGGCUUGUUUACCUAAUAUGGUGGUCAUGGCUCCUUCCUGUGAAAGUGAGCUCAUGCAUAUGGUAGCCACUGCUGCAGCCAUUGAUGACAGGCCCAGCUGCUUUAGAUACCCCAGAGGAAAUGGCAUCGGUUCCAUUCUUCCACAGAAUAACAAAGGGACCCCCUUAGAGAUUGGUAAGGGCAGGGUGCUAAAGGAAGGAAGCAGAGUGGCAAUUCUGGGCUACGGAACUGUAGUACAAAACUGUUUAGAAGCGAGUAAGCUUCUCCAGGUCCUUGGAGUCUCCACGACUGUGGCGGACGCACGAUUCUGCAAGCCUCUUGAUGGAGAUUUGAUCAGACAACUGGCUCAAGAGCAUGAGGUCCUCAUUACUGUUGAAGAAGGAUCUAUUGGAGGAUUCAGCUCUCAUGUCUCCCAUUUCUUGGGAUUGAAUGGAUUACUCGACGGAAAACUUAAGUGGAGGCCUAUGAUGCUCCCGGACCGAUACAUCAACCAUGGAUCUCAGACAGAGCAGGUUGAAGAGGCUGGGCUCAGUUCAAGGCAUAUUGCUGCCACAGUUCUCUCAUUGAUAGGUGAAAACAAGGAUAGCCUUCACCUCCUCAAACUAUAGGUCAUUAAAGGGCUCCUGCUGCCUUUGGAGGGCUAUCGCUUGUUUCUACUACUUUGUAAAUAGCCAUGGGAUCGAUUUUCUAAGAACGUCCCCAAUCAAGAAAUUAAACCAUGUAAUUUAUAAGUUAUGUAUACCGAAAUGUUUAAUAUCCGCAGUCUCCAAUAAAUAAUUGCAGCUGGGAAAUAGCACAAAUGUCUCCAA